UCGAAGUAUUGAUCAAAUGUUCAAGGCGGAAAAUAAUAAAAACACUUGUCGCACUCAGUUUAGUUUAUUCUUUAAUUAGUGGCUGCAGUGUGGUUUGCGAAAAUAUUAAUUUUCUAUCGCAUAUCAUAAAAUAAAUAAAACAGUGCUUCAAAUGUAUUGAAAAAGGCGACGUAUUAUAAGAAUAACACUCAAUAUUUGAGCUCUUUUUACUGUUUACACAUUAUAUUAUUCCUUCUAAUCAUGAAGAUUUUUUCUCUCGUCGCCACGUCUUUGGUGGUUUUAGCUUCAAGCGUGUUUGCAUAUGAAGUCGAGACAUACGAUUUUCUUAUGCCAAAUGUGUGGCCUCAUAAGGAUGAAUUGUACCUCUGUACGCCCAUACGUAUUUCACCGAGCACAAACUUUUACAUAGUCGGAUUCCAACCGAAAGCUUCAAUGCAUACAGCUCAUCAUAUGUUGCUGUAUGGAUGUUUACAACCUGGAGGCAACGAAUCUGUUUGGAACUGCGGUGAAAUGCAAAACAAUGAUGCUGAUAAUCUUUAUACUAGAGCUAAUCCGUGCAGUUCGGGAUCUCAGAUAGUAUACGCAUGGGCUCGCGACGCGCCGAGUCUGCAUUUACCUACCGAUGUGGGAUUCCUGGUCGGCGGGGAUUCCCCCAUUCAGUACAUGGUGUUACAAGUUCACUAUAUGAGUAAAUUCCCAGAGGGCAAGACUGAUAAUUCGGGAGUGUAUCUUCAGUACACUAAAGAGCGCAUGCGACGUCAAGCAGGUGUACUGCUGCUGGGUACUGGUGGGUACAUUCUACCUAACCGUGUGGAGCACAUGGAGACUGCCUGCCCCAUCAUAGAAGACAAAGUCAUACAUCCUUUCGCAUUCCGCACACACACUCACUCUCUUGGUAAAGUGGUGUCAGGUUACUCUGUACGUCGUUCCUCUCGCGGUGACAAGUGGAGUCUGAUAGGCAAGAAAGACCCACAGCUUCCGCAGAUGUUCUACCCGGUGUCGGACACCACGCCGCUGCACAAGGGAGACGUCCUCGCCGCGCGCUGCACCAUGAACAAUACACACAAUUACCCUGUCAGGAUCGGACCAACAAACAAAGAUGAGAUGUGCAACUUCUACCUUAUGUACUGGGUAGAGAAUGACAUUCCCCUGCAGAGGAAGUACUGCUUCACUCAAGGACCCCCCUACUACUACUGGGAGAAUGCGCCCGAGGGGUUCAACCUCAUACCGGAUAGAGACGCCAGCCAAUUGUAAGAUACAAGAAUUUCAACUUUAACUACUAAGUAAUAGAGUAUAUUUUACUUUUAUGAUAUGUUUGUAUGUGUUGUAUCCUAUUUAUAUAAAAUAAUAGUGAAUCUAAACUUUAUUAGGAAGAUACUAUGCGACCACAAUAACAUGAGACUUCUAUAACGGAGUAUUACUAUAUUAAAUCAAUGACUUCUACGAAUAAGGGUUAAUGUGAAAAUUGUCAACUUUACAGUAGAGGCUCUUAAAGUUUCAACCAUAGGAAAAAAUCCACAUAGGCCCUUUUACUUUAGCAAAUAAACUCUGCUAAUUUGUUAUUUUGGCCCCUAUACUUAUCUAUGACGUCAUCGGCGUUAGUUUAAGUUCACAAUUUCGAUAGGUCCUAAAUUAACAGGAACAUUAGGAAUUUCUA